CGCUCGCCUUAAAGCGGAAGCGUCCUCUGCCUCUCCCGGGCCCUGCUCCGGCGGUUACCAGUCAGCCGGCUCUCUGCUCCGCCCCCGCAGCGCCGCCCGCCACCCUCGCCGUCGGGUCGCCACCGCGCCCACCAGCCGUGGCCGAGCUCAUUCAUUCAUAACCCCCCUCAGUCCCCACCUCCCCCUCCCCCUCUCCCCUCCGACGCCAGGCCAGACCUCACGCAUUGCACGCCGCGCCGCGCAGCAGAUCGCGAGCUCCAGCUCCCCCCAAAUGGUGAGCGCGUCCAGCCUGCUGCUCCCCUCCUCCGUGCGGGACCUCGCCUCCUGCGUCUCCGACGGCGCCGUCCGCGUCGCCUGCACCACGCCGGCGUCCACGCUCGCCGCCGCUCCCGCCGCGGGAUCCUCCUCCUCGCCGCCGCCGGCCACCCUCUCCGUCGCCGUCUCCUACCGCGCCACCCCGCUCUCCCCGUCCUCGCUGCCGCUCCUCCUCCGCCUCACCUGGUCCCACUCCCCGCUCGGGGCCCCGACACUCUCCUUCGCCGGGCCCGCCGGCUCCUCCCCCGGCGUCCUCCUCCGCCGCCGCAAGGGCACCCGCUCCCUCCCCUCCGGCGACCAGCAGCACCCCCCGCUCGCCCUCUUCUGGGACCUCACCGCCGCCAAGUAUGCCGCCGCGGCGCCGUCCCCCGAGCCGGUCUCCGGGUUCUACUUCGUCGCCGUCGCCAACGCGGAAGUCGUCCUGGCGGUCGGCGACCUCGCCGCCGAGUUCGUCAAGGCCAAGUUCGAGGGCCAGAUCCCCAAGGCGCGGUUCCUCCCCGUCGCGCGCGCGGACCGCGUCGUGGCGGCGCCCAACGCGAUGCACAGCGCGCGCGUCCGCUUCGCGGAGGGCGCGCCCGAGCACGAGGUCUGCGUCGGCUGCGCCACCACCGCCGGAGGCAGCGAGGAGCUCUGGGUCAGCGUCGACGGGAAGCGCGCCGUGCACGCGCGCCGGCUCCGCUGGAACUUCCGGGGCAACCAGACGGUCUUCGUCGACGGCGCCCCCGUCGACGUCCUGUGGGACCUGCACGGCUGGUGGUUCCGGGACCCGCCCGGGCGCGCCGUCGUCAUGCUGCGCGCGAGGAGCGCGCUCGAGAGCAGGCUCUGGCUGGAGGAGGAGGCCGCCACGCCGGGCUUCGCGCUCGUCGUCCAGGCCAUCAAGACGCCGCCUUGAUGGAUGCUCACUGCUUCAGCUCUCCCAAGAGGUCCCAAUGCUGAUGCUCGCUGCUUUGCUCCCCCUGGUUUCUGCUUGUCCUUUGACUUGGAAAUUUGGUGGAAUUUAGCAAAUCCAAACCAAACCAAGAUGGGAAUGGUUGUGCUUACAGUUUAGGCUUGUAGAUUCUAGUGUGCCAAAUGGGUUUGAGAAGACACCAUGAAAAUGUGGUAUACAAAGAGGAGAGGAGAGAUUGCUUGUGUGUGGGAUCAUCUUCUUCUUCCUUUUGCUUUUUCCUCUUUUACUCAGUUAAUUUUAGCUGUGUGCUCGUACAUUUAACAGAGGAUUAUACUAAAACAUAUUAGAAUGCGCCUGAUCCAGCGUU